UAUUUGAUCCCGACUUCUCUGAUCCUCCCCUUCUUCCAGUGUCCCCCCCUCUUAUCUCCUGAAAAGACAUAUCAUGUGUAGUCACUCUGCAAAUGCGCAGUUUGGUGUGUAUUGCUAGAAAGAGUGCAUGUGAUCAGCGCAGGACCAAUAAGCACUGUCCAGACAGAGGUCAGGGGUUCUGCAUCUUCCUAGAGCAGAAUGAAAACUCCUCCUACAAACUUUAACAUGUGCUCAGCUGGACACUGAUAGAAGUCACAAGACUGCUCUAACUGCUGAUGAGAAAAGGUAUUUAGCAGUUUAUAUUUACUAA